AGGAACACAACAAUGGCGGAUGCCAAUGCGGCUGUCCUGCUUGUGACAGUGUCGCUGGUCCUGCUGGGGCUCGUGGCCGGCCUGAGCUGGUCCUGGGCGCUGCUGCCGGUCGGCGUGGUCGUGUUUAUUUUCAUCCUGGCGCGCGGCCUGAAGUCACGCGACGAAUUCGCUCACCUGAACGUGUGCGUGCUCGUUCUCGGGGAUGUGGGACGUAGCCCGCGCAUGCAGUAUCACGCGCUGUCUCUCAGCAAGCACGGCUACAAUGUCACCUUUAUCGGCUUUCUCGGUACUAAACCUCAUCAGGACAUUCUCGAGGACGACCGGAUCGACAUCCUUCCCAUUUUGGAGCAUAAAGGCCUCCCAUUCGGCCCCAAAAUCCUCAGAUAUGUAACAAAGGUGAUCUCGCAGUCCCUGCAGCUGCUUUACGUCUUAAUGAAGCUGGACGAUCAGGCAUUUAUUCUUCUACAGAAUCCUCCCGGACUGCCGAGCAUCGCAGUGACGUGGCUGGCGAGUCGAAUGAUAGGAGCUCAGUUUGUCAUUGACUGGCACAAUUAUGGUUAUUCCAUCAUGGCGCUUAGUCACGGCGAGAAGCAUCCGAUCGUCAUGGUGGCGAAAUGGUAUGAGAGAAUUUUCGGACGUUUUGCCGAUCACAACCUUUGCGUCACCGAUGCGAUGAGACGUGAUCUUCUGAAGAACUGGAACAUUCGGGCAUCAACUUUAUAUGACAAGCCGCCUUCCAUAUUCCGAGAAACGCCUUUGAAGCUUCGCCAUGAGCUCUUCAUUCGCAUGGCCAGCGCGUACCCACAAUUUAGAGCAUGUUCUGAAAGCAAGGAGGACAUGGAGCUGACUGCAUUUACAGAACGAAACACUAAAACCGGGGAGGUUACGCUUGGUGCUGGACGACCUGCUCUUCUGAUCAGCAGCACCAGCUGGACCGAGGAUGAAGAUUUCUCGGUUCUUUUAAAAGCACUCGAAGAUUAUGAAGGGUUUGUAGAAGCAGGGGAACAUCUUCCAGCGCUCGUCUGCGCCAUCACAGGUAAAGGUCCUCAGAAGGAAUAUUAUCAGAAGAUCAUCAACUCUAAAGAAUUUCAACACGUUAAGAUCUGCACUCCGUGGAUGGAAGCGGAGGAUUAUCCCGUUCUGCUGGGUUCUGCCGAUCUCGGCGUCUGCUUGCACAAGUCAUCAAGUGGUCUGGACCUGCCCAUGAAGGUGGUCGACAUGUUCGGGUGUUGUCUUCCUGUCUGCGCAAUACACUUCCAGUGUUUGGACGAGCUUGUAAAACACGAGGAGAACGGCCUGAUCUUCAGAGACUCGUCCGAGCUGUCUGAGCAGCUGAAGAUGCUGUUCUCGGACUUCCCUAACGACCAGGAGAAGCUUAGUGUCUACCGAAGGAACCUCAGAGAGAGUGGCGAGCAACGCUGGGAUGAAAACUGGGACCAGAACAUCCUGCCGCUGUUUAAGGAACACUGUGACUGAGCAGUAGCAGAAUUACUAACGAUAAUCAUCAUCAUAAUAAUAAUAAUAAUAUGAGGAAGUCACAGGGAUUUGUACAGGGUAAACAUUUAUGUUCUAUUUUUUGGUGUCGUUCCAGCAAUUCCAUUGGACAAAACUUGAACAUGAAGCAAAAAAAAAAGCACACUUUGUGUAAAUACGAUGUAAAUAAGCACUUUAUUACAUUUUGCAUUCAGUCAGCAGCGUGCACGUUGAUGAUUUCUAUCGAAGAGACUCUGUCGUACAGGAAAACUUGCGUGACGGGAUUCGUAACAAUGACGUGUUUUAAUCCAGCCUUUUCUGUACCAAAAAAAAAGAAGCCAUCACUGUUAACGUUAAUGUUACUGAUACUAUCUUGACGAAAGCCUGUCAGUGUUGUUCAGUCAUUAUCGCUGUUAUGUUAUGUUGUGUUAUGAAAUACUGACAUUAAAAAACUCACCCAGUUCCUUCUUGAA